AUGUUUGCGCUCUCCUUUCUCAUGGUCAAUGUCGGCCAUGAGUUCGUGAUCGAGCGAAGCAAGCUGGGAAACUAUGCCCAGGACUACUUGGUGGCCAUGUCUGCGGCUGGGCUUCCCUGGAUCUUCGUGGCGCUGUGGCUGCAUUUUGCGCUGCCCAACUCGGGCUUGGCCUGGGGCUCGGCCCUGCUCAUGGCACGAUUUGCAGCGCCGACGAGUGCCGGCAUACUCUUCAACAUGCUGGAGGCUGCAGGCUUCAAGGAGACUUGGCUCUUUCGGAAGGCACAAAUCCUGGCCAUCUUCGAUGACUUGGAUACGAUUUUGCUCAUGAUCCCCCUGAAGAUGUACCUAGUCGGCUUCAAGUGGGAGCUCUCCUUUGACGCGGUCUUCGUCACUUUGUGCCUGGGGCUUGCCUGGCAGAAGCUGCACAAGAUCCGAUUGCAGAGCUCCUGGAGAUGGACGAUGUUCUAUGCAGGGCUGAUCACCGCCUGCUGUGAGGGCUUGUGCUUCUUCACCCAAGGCCGCAUCCACAUCGAGGUCUUGCUCCCGGCCUUCGUGAUGGGCUGUAUGACGCGAAUCUGUGCACCCGAAGAUGACUGGUGUGAGCUGCUGGACGAGAAGAGGGAGGAAGAUGCGAAAAGCCUGGUGUCCACCCUCUUCAUGCUUUUGGUCGGCAUGUCAAUGCCAUCCCUCUUCACAGCUGCGGGCCACCUCACGGCGGGACAGAUGGUGUACCAUGUGACAGUGGUCUCGUUGCUUAUGAUUUUGGGCAAGAUGAUGCUUCUCUUCUGCUACCGGAAGGAAGCAAACUUGCGAACCCGGCUUGCUCUUUCACUGGGCAUGUGCCCGCGUGGCGAGGUGGGCGCUGGUGUCAUUGCGAUCUCCCUCGGGCUGGGCAUGCAGGGGCCGGCGGUGGCUGUGGCAGUGCUGAGCCUCGCUGCCAACCUCGUCCUAUCUACGGGCUUCAUCAUGAUGAUCGACCGGCUCAUGAGGAGUGAAUUGCCUGCCGAGCCCUCGGCCCCUGCAGAGUUGCCGGCUGCCUCUGCCACGGCGAGGAAUCCGCGCCUGCGCCAACGUGAAAGCAAGGCCUGGAUUUGA